AUGCUCGCCCCCCUCGUCCGUUCAUCAUCGAGAUCAGCCCACAUCGGCAGCACCACCACCGCUGCCAGUCGAACGCACAUCGUCUCGCCGUGUCCGCGCCAUCCCAACACGGAGAUUGACACGGACUCGGUCGUGCAUUCGCCCAGUAGUGCUGCUGGCAUCCCAUCCAACCCCACUUCCCCAAUGCACAGCUCCGCGCGGUCCGCCGCCGCCGCCACAAGGAGGUCCAACGGCGACUUUGACGACCAGGCCUGGGGCAUCGAAUCCGACGACGAAGACUUUGUCACCCAGAUCGCACCGCGCACAAACGUCCCUCGCAGCCUCAAAUCUUCCUCGCGCUCCUCCUCUUACUCGUCCGCCAACCAGCCGCCUCCGCCCUCCACUCACAACCACCACAGAGCUUCGCAACCACCACAUGUGUCCAGCGAAUCGCACAGAGCUGGAGCGGCGGCUUCGAGCUCAACAGCACCGAUCGCAUUGACCAAUCGUCGCACCAGCUGGACCGUCGUCGAUCGACAAAAGUCCAGUCACUCUACCACCAACGACCCCAUCGUAGGCAGUCCUCCCACAGAUCUCUCCGACGCCGUCGCCGCCGGUCUCGACCUCGACCGCGCCAACGACAACAGCGGAGAGAGCGCCAGCGGCAGCGGUCGCGGCAGCCCCAGCGGCUUCCACCUCGUCGGUCACGACGAUCCCAGAGCCAGUGGAAGCGAAGCAGAGGAUGUCGACCUCAACACUGGCAAGACCGUCAGACGCCCUUCCGGUGCAGCGCGCAAACCCAGCUCCGGCUCCACCGAGGCCGAGACCCUGCGUCGCUCGCUGCGCAGUGACAUGGACAAGCUCGUCCGAGACCCCGCACACGCCCUCACCCGCCUCUCGGCCCAAUGGGCAUCGUCGCAUCAACAAUCAAGCUCAAGCUCUGAUCAGCCGUCCGAUGCCGCACAGACUCUCACAACCACCAGUAGACUCGGCGUCGCUCCUACUCCCACUGCUCACGAGUUCUCCUUCGACCCGAUCGCCGCUGCCGGCGAUGGCCUCAUCAUGACCGGGCCCAGCUUUGUCGAUGCGGGCGCUGCUAACCGAGGGCUCUCCAACUCUUCCUCGCACGCAUCAAAUAUUACGAACGCAGACUUGAGCGUCGACUCCGACUCGACGGCAGCCGCCAACACCGCCAGCACCAGCAGCGCAGCCAAGCACGACACCGACCGCUCCUCGAGCCUCUCCCGCAAGCGCAGCGUCCGAAGCUCGCGGCGCAGACAGCAGCUUCUCAACUGCCUCUCCAAGCAGAGCGUAGACAUGUCGCAGCUCCGCACCCUCGCCUGGGCCGGUGUGCCGGAAGAGCUGCGUCCCAUGGUGUGGCAGCUGCUGCUCGGCUACCUUCCCGCCGUCGCCUCGGUGCGCACCUCCACCUUGUCGCGCAAACGAGCCGAGUACGUUGCAGGCGUGGAACUCGCAUUUGCCAAAGGCAUCGCUGCGCUCGAUCAGGCCAUCUGGCACCAGAUCCACAUCGACGUGCCACGCACCAAUCCGGGCAUCCGUCUCUGGCAGCGCCAAGCCACCCAGCGGGCGCUCGAACGCAUCCUCUACGUAUGGGCCAUCCGCCAUCCCGCAAGCGGAUACGUACAGGGCAUCAACGAUCUUGCCACGCCCUUCUUCGAGGUCUUCCUCAGCGCCUACAUCGACUCGGAUCCAGAGAUGUUCGACGUAGCACUGCUGCCACAAAAGGUGCUCGAGGCUAUCGAGGCCGACACCUUCUGGUGCCUCUCCAAGCUGCUCGAUGGCAUCCAAGACAACUACAUUUUUGCGCAGCCUGGCAUUCAGCGUCAAGUACGCCGCUUGGGCGAGCUGGUCGCACGCAUCGAUGCGCCUCUGCAUGCCCACCUGCAGGACCAAGGCGUCGAGUACAUGCAGUUCGCCUUCCGAUGGAUGAACUGCUUGCUCAUGCGCGAGAUGAGCGUGCGCAACAUCAUCCGCAUGUGGGACACCUACCUUGCCGAAGGACCCGACGCCUUCUCCGACUUUCACCUGUACGUCUGCUCCGUCUUCCUGCACAAGUGGACGGACAAGCUGCGCACCAUGGACUUUCAGGGCAUCAUCAUGUUCCUCCAGUCGCUCCCCACCCAGAGCUGGUCCGACAAGGACGCAGAGAUGCUGCUCAGCGAGGCGUUCAUGUACAAGACCCUCUUUGGCAACACCGCCCACCUCAACAAGUAG